AUGCCGAGAGCAAGAUUUGUGUUGGAGGAGGAUAAACUGGCUAAAGGAGAGUCUACCAAUCCUAUCGUCUCUUCUACUCAACGUCUAGUGGUGCUGGUGAACAUCGGAUCUCUACGGGCCGAGCCGUACUUGGACCUGCGUCAGAUCAGCUUCCGACUGAGUCGUGCUCUGGGCCAACCAGUGGUGCCAUGCAGCUUCCGGUUCUCGAACCGUGUGGAUCCUCAGGAACUCAAUGGACUCAAAGCCAAGACGUUCGAGAUGGUGCUGACCGAGCAUCUGGCUACACGUGGCGAAGGUGCGAGCGACGUUGUCGUGCUCCCACUGUUUUUCGGGAACAGCUCGACGUUGACCGAGUUCUUGCCCAAGACGAUGAAUCAGGUAUGGGACUCCGUCUCGUCAACGUCCGCUGCUCUCUCGGUCCGUAUUGGUGGCUGUCUAGUGGACGGCCACGACACUCGUGUGGCUCAGAUUUUACUGGAACGUAUCCACGAAGCUGUGGACUUUGCGACGUUGCAGGAAGACGUGACGGUGCUUGUCGUGGAUCACGGUACUCCGAGUCGUGACGUGCAUGAGUCACGCGAGUUUGUAGCGAACGAACUGCGUGAGUUGCUGAAGACCAACCAGCGUGUGAAGCUCGUCGGUACUGCGUGUAUGGAGCGUCGUGAAGGUGCCGAAUACGACUUUAACGACCCUCUGCUGGCUGUAGCGCUGGAUCACUACAACGUGACUAAGGGGAUCGUUGUAUGUGCCAAAAUGUUCUUCUCCAAUGGCCGUCACGCGGGCGAGAAAGGAGACAUCGAAGAGAUCAUUAAGGACGUCCGUGCCAGACACACAGACGUGGACGUUCGCGUCACGGAGGCGCUUGGAACGCACGAGCUGUUGGCCGAGAUCUUGCAAGAUCGCUACCGUGCUGCGUUGUCCAAGGAGACGUCGGACUACACUCUCACACUGAGCAAGUAA